AUGCUGCCCGAAGCGCGCGAGUCGCUGGAGGCGGCGCGGCGCGCGCCCGGGGGCCUGCUGCCGCGCGACUCCGCCUUCCCGCUCGCCGAGCUGUGCGUGUGCAUCGGCUUCUUCCUCGUGUUCGUCAUCGAAGAGGUGGCGCACCGCGCCUUCGCGCACCGCGCCGCCGCCACCGCCGCCGCAACCUCCGCCCCAGCCCACGCCCACGGCGACGCGCUGCUGGCGACCCCCAAGACGCCCGUGUCCGCCCCAGCCAUCCCCGAGAAGCAGCCGCCGUCGCCCACCGCCGUGGCGACGCCUCCCGACGCAGCGCUGCCCACGGCCGUGGCGUCGGCGCCGCCGCAGUGCUGCGCCACCGUCGAGGCAGAGCUGCACAAAAUGGACGCCGGCGGCGGCGGGGAUGCGGAGAAGGGCUCGGCACCCAAAUUGCUGGUGCACUUGCUAGCGUCCACGCUCUCCUUGGAACAAAAGGACCCUAACGGGCUGCCCAUUUCGACAGCAGUCCAUCAUCAUCACCACCAUGUUCACCAUUUGGGUCAUCAUCACCAUCACCACCACCAUCAUCACCACCACUUGCCGACCGGCGGCGAGAAGACUGUCAUGGGCCACCUGCGAAGCGUCAUGGUGGUGCUAGCUCUCUCAUUUCAUUCGGUGAACUCCCGUGGCUGCCCGGGUAGGGCGCGGGUAACGCAGGCAGGCGGUGCGCAGGUGUUCGAGGGGCUGGCCAUCGGGCUGCAGCCGACGCAACGCGACGUGUGGUACCUGUUCGCGGCGGUGUCGGUGCACGCGAGCGCCAUCCUCUUCUGCGUGGGGCUGGAGCUGGUGAUGUCGGGCAUGCGCGUGCUGACGCUGCUGGCGUACGUGGUGGUGCUGGCGCUGGUGUCGCCGCUGGGCGUGGCGCUGGGCGUGGCGGUGACGUGCGUGGGCGGUGGCGCCUCGUCGCCCACGCAGACGCUGGUGGUGGGCGUGCUGCAGGGCGUCGCCGGUGGCACCAUCCUCUACAUUACUUUCUUCGAGGGGGCCACGACCACGGCGCAGAGGACAGCCACGCGCCGGGCGACGGCAACGCCACUCACCCCGAAGCGCUGCACCACCACAGCGCCUAGGCCGUUCGGCUGCUCGGCCGCGCCUCCACUUGUCUUCCACUGGCUCCGCGGCGCCCUCUCUGCGCGGGGCCCCGGCGGCGCCCUCGAUCCUUCCGCCCCAGCGGGCGAUACCCCUCACAGACUCCACAUCAACGUCCAAGAGCAGUGCACCAAGCUGGACGUCCGCUUCCUGGAAGCCUACUGCGCAGGAGCUGGAACUCAGGAGCUUGAGCUUAGAAGCUUGAACGCAGGAGCUGGAGCUCAGGAGCUGGAGCUCAGGAGCUGGAGCUCAGGAGCUAGAGCUCAGGAGCUGGAGCUCAGGAGCUGGAGCUCAGGAGCUGGAGCUCAGGAGCUGGAGCUCAGGAGCUGGAGCUCAGGUGCUGGAGCCCAGGUGCUGGAGCCCAGCUUCUGUGACAAAGAAGCCCGAGAAGUGUUUUGGUGUGUUAUUGCGGAAGAAGAGAUCGACGUGGCGCCCAUUUGUAUUGAGAGUACUUCCAGUGUGAUGGAAGAAACAAACGAACAAACGAUUGAGGCUCACCAGAAGUCGAGGGAGCGCCGGAGCGGGCUGCGCGGGGGCAGGGCGAAGGCGAGGUCGUCGCGCAGAGCGGUGCGCGGCAGCGGACGCACGGGACAAGGCAGCGCGUGCAGCAGCGGCUCGGCGUCGAACGUGGCCACGAAGGCGUAG